AUGGGCCGUGGACCUAAGAAGCAUAUGAAGCGCGUCGCUGCGCCUAAGCACUGGAUGUUGGACAAGCUUUCCGGCACUUACGCCCCCCGUUCUUCCGCCGGUCCUCACAAGUUGCGUGAGUCUCUGCCUCUGAUCGUUUUCCUGCGCAACCGUUUGAAGUAUGCCCUCAACGGUCGUGAGGUCACUGCUAUCCUGAUGCAGCGUCUGGUCCAGGUUGACGGUAAGAUCCGCACUGACGCUACCUUCCCUGCUGGUUUCAUGGAUGUUAUCUCUCUCCCCAAGACUGGCGAGAACUUCCGUCUCGUCUACGACACCAAGGGCCGCUUUGCUAUCCACCGCAUCACUGAAGAUGAGGCCCAGUACAAGCUCGGCAGGGUUCGCCGUGUUGAGUACGGCAAGAAGGGUAUUCCUUACCUCGUCACACACGAUGGCCGCACCAUCCGCUACCCCGACCCCGAGAUCAAGGUUAACGACACCGUCAAGAUCGACCUUGCCACCGGCAAGAUCCAGUCCUUCGUCAAGUUCGGUGCCGGCAACUUGGUUAUGGUCACCGGUGGUCACUCUCUUGGCCGCGUCGGUGUCAUCACCCACGUCGAGCACCACCACGGUGGCUUUGACAUUGUCCACAUUAAGGACGCUCUUGACAACACCUUCGUCACCCGUCUUUCUAACGUCUUUGUUAUUGGUGAGGGUGCUACUCCUCUCAUCUCCCUGCCUAAGGGCAAGGGCAUCAAGCUGACCAUCGCUGAGGAGCGUGAUAAGCGCCGUGCUCAGGCCUAG